UGUGCUCUGUGUGCUGUGCAACAUGUUCCGCAGUAUAUUGUUUUGUGCCAGUACAAGGAAGAGGGCCGUUUACACAAGAAUAAGUCACAGUGUAACACUGCAAAGAAAGCAGGAGUCUGUGAACAAGGCCUGUGCUUUUGAAUGAAAGAAAAUUAUGUGAGUGAUUGCAAGUUGUUUCAGGACAGCCUGGUAUCUUCCAAAGUCACAACUAUGUGAAUUUCUGAACUUGCACAGUCUCUCACCGGUAGUCAUGGCACAAUCGAUUGCAACAGUUCAGCUUUGCAGUAUCUGUGACUGUAUAUUUUUUACUUCAUACAUAUUCUUUAUGUUCAGUAGAUCAAACUCCCUAGAAAGCCUGAAACCCUAAGUACUUUACAUUUAUAACUGCAUUAUUACUUAAUAGCCAUAAUUAUAAAAACAGCUCUUACAAUAAAUAUUUAACAUUUACUGUAUUGUUCUUUCUACAUGUGUACUAUUUUACACUUACAUACAUACACUGUAUGCAUAUCAACAGUUAGUCUAAUGGUGUAUAAGUUAAUAAAUGGUCUUAAUGGCCUAUAGCUGAUCUAUAAAGAAUUAGUAGCUGAAAUAAUUAAUUGACCAUGAAAAAAGCCAUUAAUUGCAGUUUAUAAAACCUAUAUAAAGGGUACCUUAUCAGAAAAAGGCACUUAAGUAAGUGAAGGGUAUGAAUACUUCUCCCACCACACUGGUUUCAGUCUACACUGCAACAAGAAAAGGUAAUCCCUUAACCAUUCCCAUCCAACUCUCCACUUUCCCACAUUCCACAGGUGGCACUGCUCUCUCUCUCUCUCUCUCUGUGUGUGUGUGUGUGUGAGAGAGAGAGAGAGAGAGAGAGAGAUAGGAGAGAGGAGUGUGUGUGUACUGUGACCCUCUCAGAGCAGGUAGUUUACUUAAUGCAGACUCGGUGAGUCUCUCUGUCUUUGUGAAGAAGAGCUGAACCAACACGGUUUGUUUUUCAGGUUUUCUUAAAAAAAAAAAAAAAGAAGUCUGAAUCAGAUGAGUUUAAAAAAACACAGCGGUAGUCUGGAGCUCGGGGAGUGCACCAGAAACCCGGGCUACCGGGAUGUGGACGGUGACGGGUCAGCGGCUGAAACCAUCGGCGACCACCCCGGGGAGAAGCGGGACUCCACCUCGGUGAAGCUGGACUCGGAAGCGGCCGAGGAGUACACACAGCUCAGGCCGUACGCUGGGAUGCCCAAGGAAGUGUUGCUGCUGUACUCCUCUCAGGCCCGGUACCGGGUGCCCCGAGAGAUCCUGUUCUGGCUGACGGUGGCCUGCACCCUGGCCCUGGUGGCUCUCACCAUCGCGGUGAUCGCACUGUCUCCGCGGUGCCUGAGCUGGUGGCAGAGCUCCCCGGUGUACCAGAUCUACCCCAGGUCCUUUAAAGACUCGGACGGUGAUGGGGUCGGAGACCUCAAAGGAAUUCAGGAACAGCUGGAUCACUUCCAGUACCUCAACAUCAAGUCAGUUUGGAUCAGUCCUUUCUACCGCUCUCCCAUGAAAGACUUUGGCUAUGAUGUGGAAGACUUCCGUGCCAUUGACCCCCUCUUUGGAACCAUGCAGGACUUUGAAGACCUCCUGGCUGAAAUGCACAACAAAGGUUUGAAGCUGAUCAUGGAUUUCAUUCCCAACCACACCAGUGACCGACAUCGCUGGUUUAACUUGAGUCGGUUGAGAGAUCCUCACUAUGAGGAUUACUAUGUCUGGACCGACUGCAAUGCAACCACACCGAGACCGAAUAACUGGGUGAGUGUGUUUGGGAACUCAUCAUGGACUUACGAUGAAGUUAGAGGACAAUGCUACCUGCACCAGUUCCUCAAGGAGCAACCAGACCUGAACUUCAGAAACCCACAUGUCCGCCAAGAGAUGAUUGAUAUUAUUCAUUUCUGGCUGGGAAAGGGAGUGGAUGGGUUCCGGAUGGACGCAGUGAAGCACAUCCUGGAGGCUGCACACUUGAGGGAUGAACCACAGGUGGACCCAAACAAACCACCAGAGUUAGUAACGUCAGAGUGGGACCUUCACCAUGACUACACCACCAGUCAGCUGGGGCUACAUGACCUGCUGAGGGAAUGGAGGGCAGAGAUGGAUAUCUACAGUCGUGAGCCUGGCAGAUACAGGUUCAUGGUGACGGAGUCGUACGAUUACCAGGAGGUGGACAAGACCAUGAUGUACUACAGCACCCCGCUGGUUAAGGAAAGUGACUUCCCCUUUAAUUUUUACCUGCUGGACCUGCCUCAGAACACCAGUGGCUUGUGGGUUCAACAUCUGGUCCACCUCUGGAUGGCCAACAUGCCUAAGGGACAGUGGCCCAACUGGGUGGUUGGAAACCAUGACAAGCCUCGAAUUGCCUCCAGCUCUGGUCACACCUAUAUCCGUGUCAUCAACAUGCUGCUGCUGACCCUUCCAGGCACGCCCACCACCUACUAUGGCGAGGAGAUCGGCAUGGAAAACAUUAAUGUCACAGACAGUCAGAUACAAGACCCUGCUGGCAAAUAUAAUGCAAGUGCCAGUCGAGACCCUCAGCGAUCUCCAAUGCAGUGGAGUGAUGACAUGAACGCAGGCUUUAACAACAAAACCAACAUCACAUGGCUGCCUGUACACCCGGACUAUAGAACUGUCAAUGUGGAGGUCCAGAAGAAAGAUGAAGGUUCUGUUCUGGCUCAGUACCGUUUCCUGAACACCUUGCGUGAGUCAGAGCUCCCCCUUCACCGUGGGUGGUUCUGCUACGUCCACGCUGAUCCCGGUGUCUUCUCUUACCUCAGAGAGCUUGAUGGGCUUGACCGAGCUUUCCUCAUGGUGCUUAACUUUGGUGAUAAAUCUGCCGUCACAGACCUCUCCUCUAUUCCUGAGUUGCCAGAUGAGCUGAAGGUGCUUAUGAGCACAAACCAAGUCAACGAUGGAAAGGUGUUGCAAAAGUCUCGUAUCCUGACAGAGGUGGGAGAGGGUCUGGUGAUUCAGUACUCCUCCCCCACUCGGUUUCAUCCCAGCCACCCCAAACAGUGCUAUAUCUCUGAGAAGGCCUGCUAUUUGGGGGCCAUGGACAUACUUUAUAAAUGCUGACAUGAAUGGACGAUGGCAUUCAGCUAUUACAGUAUCACAGUAACAGUCAAAUCAUAAACAUUCUUUGGCAUCUCCUCUGUAAGGCAUCUGUCAUAUGAUAAAGUGGUCCAUUGCAGAUUUCA